UUGCUCGAUGUACCGUGCGGCGACGCUCCUGCACUACAACUUGCGGACACUCGGUGUGUGUUCGGUUUCGGCGGAGUUUUGCUCCGCAAACUGCCGUUUAUUCGCGUCUUCUUGCCAAAACAGCUCGGCAUCGUGUCUUGUGGACCCUCUCGAUCAUUUCUAUAUUUCCCUUUUAUGAAAAGGACUGUGUUUGUACUGUUGAAGGGAAAAAUAUAGCAGACACGCUUGGAGAAACACGAUGCACUCGUUCCCUGGUGCGAGAACCAACCUGGACCUUUCAUGAGAUGCCUGCAACCCCGCGCUCCUCUGGUUUCUGUUCACAGCCCAUGGACCUUGACGCACCGUCCACCAGAGAGCCCCGCUUCGGAGUCAGUGGGAAAGGAAGGGGGGUUCAAGGAACCCCUCAGCACCAGUACCGGCCCGGCGAGAGCGAAACGCUUAAGUUCCUCAGCCGAGAGGAAAGGGAGUGCAUCAUGUUCUUAGAAGAGACCAUCGAUUCUCUGGAUCAUGACCUGCAGGACCCAGUUUCAAAGCGAUCUUCUGGAAACAUCCCGACAGUGGGCCAGCGCUCACUUAGUCCCAAGGAGCAGGAUAUCAUCGACCUGGUUCAAAACCAGCCCAAUCCAAGAAGAGAUGUCCUGUACAAUCCUAGUCCACCAGACUUUCAGGCUAUGGUUUUGCCUCCAGAAGCACAUUUUGGAAUGUGGGCACAACAUGGGCCAACCGAGAACUUCCACCAUGAUUUUAAAUUGCCUAGCAGCCUGAACUCCUCUGCACCUCCUGAGAACAUGAGCUCCACGAGCCACCCACUGUACCAUCCUGCUGGUUUGGUCCCCACCCCGGUCAUCAUUGCCCAUAAAAUAGCAGAGCACCAGAAGGUGGGUGGUGGCACUGUUCCCUCUACUGUGCUCCCUGACCGGCAUCACAGCCUGGACCACACCACCCCUGAUCAUCCUGUCAAACAGGGCCCACCCACUGCAGUCAAGCCCAACCGUUACCCUAGUAAUAUCAACAUCGUCAGAGCUAGGAAAGAUGUGAACAAAGGCAUCACUGCACCAUCUGUCCAGGAGCUCAAGGCACAGGUGUUAACACACUUGACAGGGCAACACAACCUGGAAGAAUCACACGUGAGGAGCAUCCCAAGUUGGAGUUCCUCAUGUCGGGACCCAGACCCAGAAAAGUCCAGAAUGGAGGCUUUGUCCAAGCUAGGCCUUACUGCGGACCGCCCACCCUCAGGCAAAUGGUCCAAUGCUGUGGUGAGCACAAACCAACCCGGAAUUUCUGUAAACAACAUUGGUUACGCUGACAGCAGUCCAGAACCAGUUCCUUCUUCAAUAGUUUCUACUAGCAAGACGGACACGUCCAGCACUGACUUCAACAGCUACGGAAGGAAAACCAGAGUCUUGUCUACAUCAUCUUCCGUAAAGCGCAACACCGACGUUGACCAUCUCACUAACUUUGACAGCAGACCUGCCACAGUCUCCCUUCCAUCAGAUUCUGGUUUUACAAAGACCGAGAUUUCCACCAGCAGCUAUGGAGGCAAAUCCAAAGUCAUGACUCCAGCAUCUUCCAUAAAAUAUGAUCCUGACAAUCAUCACCUCAGUGACUCUGACAACAUGCCCACGACAGUGUCUCCUGAUUUCACUUCCAGUGUCCUGAAGACUGAGGUUUUGGGAAACAGCUAUGGCGGCAAAUCCAAAGUCAUGAUUCCAGCAUCUUCUAUAAAGUAUGAUCCUGGCAGUCACCACCUCAGUAACUCUGACAACAUGCCCACAACAGUGUCUCCUAAUUCCACUUCCAGUAUCUUGAAGACUGAGGUUUUGGGAAACAGCUAUGGCGGCAAAUCCAAAGUCAUGAUUCCAGCAUCUUCUAUAAAGUAUGAUCCUGGCAGUCACCACCUCAGUAACUCUGACAACAUGCCCACAACAGUGUCUCCUAAUUCCACUUCCAGUAUCUUGGAGACUGAGGUUUUGGGAAACAGCUAUGGUGGCAAAUCCAAAGUCAUGAUUCCAGCCCCAUCCGUAAAGAGAGAAGUAACUACCCACUACUCCGAUGAGCACUAUGGCAUCCCCAACACAGUGGCCUAUCCAUCAAAUGCCACCGAGGCCUUAAGCAACAGCUACGGGGGUAAAUCCAAAGCCAUCGGUUCUUCAGUGGCAUCCACAGCUAAGACCGAGACUAAAGUUGCAGCCAGUAACCCAGAUACUGUGAUGAUUCCCAGACAAAAGUCCACUGUGCCUAAUGCAACCUCCGCAGGACUGUCAAGCAAACUAAACUCUAGGCCCCAAGAGACUCCAGUGUCUUCAGACCCAAGAGUCACUCCCAAGUCAUCAUUCCGUCUUCAGGGGGUCUCGGUGCAGUUCUCAGGGCGUGAAAAUACAGACAAAUCCCGUGAACAGGCUCUACGUACACUCGGACUUCUGAAUUAAAGAAUCUGAACAAAUCCCUUUGUUCUCUCUUCCAUGAUAACAUCUUGACCCAAACCUUUCCUUCUGCAACCCAGUUUCUUCAAGGGUUAAUUGAAGAGUUUGAUGGUUGUACCUGUCAUUCUGCAUCUGAAGAUACCUUAGGGUUGGGGACCUUCUCGUUUCCAAAGUGCCUUCCUUCACACUCUACACCCAUCUUGCAGUGCUCCAAAAACUUCAAAACCCUGCUUACUGUCCGUUCCAGAUGCUCAAUUCAACAUUUCAAAAGUUUCUUUGAUAACUCUUUUCUACAGCUUUACCUGAAAUUAAGUUGCACAUAUUUAUCCUAGAGUUGAAGAAAUAUCGUUAGUGGCCACCAUCGCAAAAUAGGGUUGGUUGAUGUAAUGCACUCUGUAUUGUUCUCUGAGAUGUAUGUUGCUUUGGAGAAAGCAUCUGCUAAAUGAAUAAAUGAAAAUGAACAACUCAAGAACUCAACAGAAAAGGGUUCCACUACUUGAAUACAGGCACAAGGCCUUGACCUCAACAGUCCCACCAUCGUGCACCCACAGCCACAUAGGAUGGAGCAUCUAGUCUUGAUCCACAAGGACACUUUUUGUCCAGUCGGAAUGGUUGCAGUGAGAGGUAACCAAUAUGGAAGGUGAAAGAGAAACUGGUUCACUUUGAGCACCACUAAUCACCAGGAUAUCUAGAGACAAAUGUGAAAGAUGAUGCUCCUUUGGAAGUGUCUCUGUGUCUGGAAUUUCCACAACUGAAAGCUUAAGAGUUGAGACGUUCUAGGAUGCACGUGAAGACGUAUCCUGCAGAGGAAAGGCAUGCUGACGCUUCUCCGAAUUCAUCAUUACAAAGACCUGUCCCAGGCACAAAACCAAUAAAACAUCCAUAUAUAUUCUUCUCAUUCAGUACAUUUGUAGCAACACCAUGUAUUUAAAUUGUUUGUGAUACUUUGCAUGAUCAGAUGAGCCAAAGGGUUCAGGACAAGAACUUGCAAGUAUGGACUUCAGUAGUACCUCCCAGGAAAACGAUUACAUAGGUUACGAUGCUAUGGACCAGAGAUCAGCCAAUGGACUGGACUGAGCUCUUGGGUCAUUUUUUUUGAGGGGGGGGGGGCAUACCACUGUGUAACUCCUGUACUGCUGUUCCCCUGGAUUUUGGUGUAGGACACCUUCACAGCAUGUAUCACUUUGCUCGAUAUUCAGUUUGGUUCAAUUCAAUCCAUAUUUUUACAUAGAGUGCUCUUCUCACCGGAGUGACGCAGAGAGCGGUACAGGAUUGAAACACAAAUUCAGUGAUAAUCGAAUGAAUUAUGCCAACAAAAUAGUGGUUUAACUCUUUUCCAGUAACUUGCAGGGGUGCUGUUCCUGACUCUAAUAAUUCUGUAGUUUAUGGUAUUCGAUUUAUAGUUUCAGUUGUGUGGUCUCUUUAUGUAAACUGAUUUAUUUUCACUUCA